AUGGCCAAACAAUUACACUGGAACCCCGAGAUGGUCCCUCUCCAACAGCCCCUAGCACAUCUCCCUAUCCAUGCAUAUGAGCCCAUAGUGGGCGGCUCAGCAGAUGCCACAACUCCGAGGAGUCAAGCUUCUGUUGGGGAUAUUGAGGCGCUGAAGAGCAAAAUUAAAAGCCUCGAAGAGCAGCUAUCAAAAGUAAACCAGAGACGUACCCAGUCCUCUGAUCCGACUUCUCGCCCUGAGCUAAGGGUCAUGAAUUCGCCCCUGUGCGAGGUUGAUAGUCACCUAUUUGGGGAAACUCAAGUCAUCACUCGCAGUGUUGUACAUAAGUCCCGCAUGUUUGGCCAAAGUCAUUGGAUCAACGGUGUGAUUGGGCUAUGCCGAGAGGUCUUUGAGAUGCUUGAGCCUCAUGUUCGUGACGAGACAUCGGAUGUGUUGGCUGGCAUGCAGAGGUGUAAAGCCCUUGCGAGGGUUAUCAAGUCGCGGCGGGUACCUUCAUGGCCGUCACCCCCAACAUCUGUUCUGCCCUCAAAGGAUGUAGCCGACGAGCUCGUUGACUGUUACCUUAGGACAUCCGAAACUGUCUAUCGUGUACUUCAUAUUCCAACCUUCCGAAGGGAUUAUGAGGCACUCUGGGUGUCAGAUGCAGCACCUGACAUGGCAUUUUUGGUUCAAGUUAAAUUAGUGCUUGCUAUCGGAGCUACCGUAUACGAUGAAACGUUUUCCCUACGAGCCUCGGCCAUUCAGUGGAUCUAUGAAGCGCAGACGUGGUUUUCAGAACCUGUUUUCAAGUCCAGGCGGAGUAUCCAAUUCCUACAGAUCAAUAUUCUACUAUUGAUUGCUCGCGAAUUGGUAAAUGUGGGCGGUGACGCUAUUUGGACUUCAGCAGGUGCACUACUGAGGACUGCGGUGUACUGGGGGCUCCAUAGAGACCCGACCUAUUUAUCAAAUAGGACGAUCUAUGUUGGCGAGAUGCGCCGGAGGCUAUGGAAUACUAUACUCGAAAUAGCCCUGCAUUCGAGUAUGGCCUGUGGUGCGCCCGUGUUCAUAUCUCUGGAUGACUUUGACACCGCGCUUCCCGGUAAUUAUGAUGAUGAUCAGCUUGUGGCCGAUGCCCCGGUGCCGAAGCCAGAAGAUACCCUCACUCAAGUGUCAAUCCCGAUAGCUCUCCGUAAAACCCUUCCUAUUCGCCUCGCAAUUGUGAAAUUCUUGAAUGACCUCGGCUCCAAGAGUGUUUAUGAAGAAACACUGCGACUGGAUGCAGAGUUCAGAGCGUCUUACAGAGCUCUGUGUCGGACCCUUCAGAGGUAUAAUACGGGCACCGGCUUCACAUCUCAGUUUCCGAUUCACAUGGUGGAUUGCCUUAUGUUGCGCUACCUUAUGACUAUCCAUAUUCCGUUCUUCGCUAUGGCGCCACAUGAAACGGCCUAUGCAUAUUCUCGGAAGGUGGUGGUUGAGACGUCGCUCAGACUAUGGUGUGCAUUGAACCCAUCCUCAUCUCUCAUGGCGGCUCAUACUCGUCACGAUACAGCUUCAACAAAUCAGAAUGAUUUCGAGAGGCUCGCGAUCUGUGGGACUGGCUAUCUCCGCAUGUUUGGCAUGCAAACUAGUCUUGCCGUUGCAACAGAAUUAAGCACCCAGUUGCAAGAAGACGAAAGUCUCGGCCCGGUAUUUUUACGAGCAGAUCUACUUUCGAUGGUGCAGGAAUCCAAAGAGUGGCUCUUCCGUGCUAUUGAAGCCGGCGAGACCAAUAUUAAGGGUUACUUACUUGUUGCGUUGAUUGAGGCAAGGAUUGCAGGACUUAGACAAGGCCUUGCGCGCGACCAACUUGUGGUGUUGUUACUCAAGACCGCUGCGGACGCAGAGGCAAGAUGCUUACGCAUCCUUGAAGAAAUGGCGGCUCACGGCCAGACCGAAGGCUUUGUAAAUGGGCCUGGUCAAAUGGGCCUGGAUAUAACUCCCCAGUCCAUGGACGAUUGGGACCUUAUGAUGACAGAUGUUCUCCUGAACCAAAACACUGCGGAGCCAAUGAAUUGGGUGUUCAACGAAAUCCCGCUAGUGCCUUUGCUUCCUAGUUGA